AUGUGUGUGUUGGAUUGGGGUGGCCAUUGGGCAGAUCACCUGAGCUUAGUUGAGUUUGCAUACAACAACAGCUUUCAGGCGAGUAUUGGCAUGGCUCCAUUUGAGGCUUUGUAUGGGAGGCCAUGUAGGACACCCCUAUGCUGGACCCAAGUGGGGGAGCGCAGCAUGUAUGGAGCUACUUAUGUUCAGGAGACGACAGAGAAGGUUCGUGUUGUGAGGCUGAACAUGAAGGAGGCUCAGGAUAGGCAGAAGAGUUAUGCAGAUAGACGCAGACGAGAGCUUGAGUUUCAGGUGGGAGAUAGAGUUUAUCUCAAGAUGGCUAUGUUGAGGGGUCCUAACAGAUCCAUAGCAGAGAACAAGCUGAGUCCGCGAUUUAUGGGUCCGUUUCCAGUAGUGGAGCGAGUUGGGCCAUUGGCUUACAGGCUGGAGUUGCCUGAGAUUAUGAAAGCCUUUCACAAGUGGUUCUACAGAGGAGACUUGGGAGCCAGAGGCAAAGAUGAAGUUGAAGUUCAGGAAGUGGUUCGACAAGCAGACUCUCUGGGUGCAAGUAGGCCUCAGUUGAGUGAGCUUAUGAGUGCAAGUAGGCCUCAGUAUAAGCAGUUACUUCAUUGGGUAGUGGGCCUCAGUAUAAGCACGGUUGGCGUCUGGGUGCAAGUGGGCCCAGUGGAGUGUGGACUUGUCUGGGUGCAAGUGGGCCUCAGUACAAGUGGUUUGGAUGAUGAGUUAGGAGUGAAAUGGCAAGCUCCUGGGUGUAGUGGCCCCAGUUUGAGUAGGUGCAGACUUGUCUGGGUGUAA